AUGGGCUUCUGGGACCACGGCGAGGACUCGUACGAGAAGGUGUACAACAACGACAACUUCGAGGAGAACAAGUCCAGCUUCAGCCACGAGCUGGUAGCAGGCGGCGCCGCCUUUGCGGGCUUCAAGGCGUUCGAGGACCACCAGCGCAAGGAGGGCAAGCCCGUCUCGCACGCCUUCGCCAAGGAGCUUGUUGCGGGCUUUGCUGCUGCUGAGGUUGACAAGCUCGCCGAGACAAAGGGCGAGGACUGGUUCGACCGCGAAAAGGCCAAGCGUCAGGCCAAGAACCACGCGGAGAAGAUGUACGACGAGCAGUACAUUGACAACCAUGGUGCUGACCAGUACGAUCCUAACCAGUACGGCCGCCCUGAGCGCUUUGAGCGUCGCGGAUGGGAACUCGAGCGCGACCUGGUGCCCGAGUGGCGGCUGAAGUACCUCGACUACAAAGUCGGCAAGAAGAAACUCAAGGCCAUCGACCGCGCUCUCCGCAGCGUGAACCGCGACGCGCACACGCCGCGCCUCCGCCGCCGCGGCACCAACCUGCUGCCCAAUGCCGCCGACGUCGCGCCCAAGUACUCGUUCCUCAACCGCGAUGGCCUGGGACGCGAGGCGAACGACCCGGCCGACGUGCCCGACCCCUGCCGCAGCCCCAGCCGCAGCCGCAGCCGCAGCCGCAGCCGCUCGGCUGGCCGCGCAGAGGAGACGCCGCUGGCGACGGGCGGCAACGGGCUCAGCGGCCUGGGCACCAGUUACGGCAGCUUCGUGGGCAGCCCGCCGCCGCCGUCGCUGCAGCUGCCGGGCGCGGCGCUGGACCCCGAGCGCACCGAGUCCGCAGACGGGCAGGCGGCCGCGUCGCUCAGGCGGCACACGACGCUGAGGCUGCCCUCGCCCGGCGACGGCAACGCCUUCGAGGUCGGGCGGACCAAGACGCCGAAGAAGCACGCCUCGCUGCCCGCGCGCUACCGCAGCAUCUUCAGCCCGAAGCGCAUGAACUCGAUGCCCGGGCGCGGGUCCGGCGUCGAGGCUCACCCGCGGCCGUUGAUCAAGCGCGUCGCGUCCGUGGGCGCGCAUGAGCCCGCGGCCAGCCCCGGCGACGUGCCGCUCGAGGCCUACCGCGAGUUCGACUUCCGCCAGGCAGACUUCUUCCAGUUCCUCGACGCCGAGCUGGACAAGGUCGAGCGGUUCUACAAGGACAAGGAGGACGAGGCCACGGUCCGGCUGGGCGUCCUGCGCGAGCAGCUGCACAUUAUGCGCGACCGCCGCCUCGACGAGCUGAUCCAGCGCCAGACGGCCAAGCUGGACGCCAAGGCGCACAAGAAGCGCCCCGCGGUGAACGGCCAGGCCAGCGGCUCCGCCGGCGCGCCUGCGGACGCGCACGAGGUGAAGCAGGGCCACGAGGUGAAGCAGGGCCACGAGGUGAGCAGUGCGUGGCUGAAUCCCAUCGACGCCGCGCUCGAGGCCGUGAAUGCCGGAAAGUACGGCAGCAGCACGAGGGCCAUGACCGCGCUGGCAACGCCGUCGGUGCUCAAGCCCAUGCUGCACAACGACGACCGCCGCGACUUUGCGCGCCGGCCGGAGCUCCCAGACGUGCCCUACCAGUCGGCGAAGCGCAAGCUAAAGGUCGCACUCCAAGAGUACUACCGCGGUCUGGAGCUCCUCAAGUCGUAUGCGCUGCUGAACCGCACGGCAUUCCGCAAGAUCAACAAAAAGUACGACAAGACCGUCCACGCACGCCCGUCGAUGCGCUACAUGAACGACAAAGUCGGCACCGCGUGGUUUGUGAACAGCGACGUCAUCGAGGGCCACAUCCGCUCCGUCGAGGACCUCUACGCCAGGUACUUUGAGCGAGGAAACCACAAAGUCGCCGUGGGCAAGCUGCGCAUCAAGAUUGCCCGCGCCGGCGACUACACCGACAACACGUUCCGCAACGGACUUCUCGUCGCUGCUGGUGCUAGUCUGAGCAUCCAGGGUCUCAUCAAGGCCGCAGGCAUCGCCGGCACGCAUCAUGCCGACGACCCUGCGUUAUCGGUCAAUAGCAGCUAUCUGCUGCAGAUUUACGCCGGCUUCUUCCUCGUCAACCUUCUGAUCAUCCUCUUCUCUCUUGCAUGCCGCGUGUGGCACGAGCACAAGAUCAACUUUGUCUUCAUUUUCGAGUACGACACGCGUCACUUUCUGGAUUGGAGGCAGCUCGCCGAGCUGCCGUGUUGGUAUUUCUUCUUCCUCGGUCUCACCAUGCAGCUGAACUUCCAUCGCGUUGGUGGUGAAGCCAUGUAUCUGUACUGGCCGGUCGUUCUGAUUGGUGUGUCCGUCCUGGUCCUCUGGCGUCUUCUCCUGGCCGGCAUCUACCCUGUCGAGUGGCGCGACUUUUACCUUGGCGACAUGUUCUGCUCGCUCACCUACAGCAUGAGUAACAUGGCCAUGUUCUUCUGCCUGUACGCUCGAUUCUGGGACGAGCCCGCGCAGUGCAAUUCGUCGCAUCUGCGCACUAUGGGCUUCCUUGCCUGCUUGCCCGGCAUCUGGCGUGCCCUGCAAUGCAUUCGCCGUUACUGGGACACAGGCAACAAGUUCCCCCAUCUGCUCAACUGUGGCAAGUACUUUGCGACCAUCAUCUACUACAUGACCUUGAGCAUCUAUCGCAUCAACAGGACGGGCCCGAACAAGGCAGCCUUCAUCACCUUUGCUGUCAUCAACGCCAUCUACACCAGCUUCUGGGACAUCUACUACGACUGGAGUCUCGGUGACCCGCGUGCGAAGCACCCGUUCCUUCGCAAAGAGCUUGGCUAUAAGAAGAUAUGGUGGUACUACACAGCAAUGGUCAUCGACCCGAUCCUGCGAUUCGCCUGGGUUCUCUACAUUGUCGACCCGCUGCAGCUCCAACACUCCGCCAAGACGUCGUUCGGCGCCGCCCUCGCCGAGAUCUUCAGAAGAGGCAUCUGGUCUCUGUUCCGCGUCGAAAACGAACACUGCACAAACGUCGGCCGCUUCCGCGCAAGCCGCGACGUACCCCUCCCCUACGAGCUCCCGCCGAGCCCCCACGUGUCCCCCGUCAUUGACCAACGCGGCGCCAGAAUCGACGACGAGCAACCAUCCCGCACCCCCAAGUCCGCGACCGCGCCGCCAAACGGCCUCGCGCCCACCCCGUCCGCGGGCGCAGACCCCGCACCCCCGGACUCGGUCCGACAGCGUCGCGGCUUCCCACACGUUGACGACGGAGAAGACGACGAGGGUUUCCGCCCCUCGCCCCUGCAGCGCGCGUUUACGCACGUCGGCGCCAUUUUCCGCGACGCGCACGCGCAGGACUUUGAGCGCAAGAAGAAGCCCGAGCUGGGCCGGGAUCCGCGGCGUGACACCGAGGCCAGGGAUGACGGGGAUUCGACGGAUGAGGAGUCGGAUGCUGAGGAGCGCGAGGAAGGUGAGGGUGAUGUGGUGGGUGGCGAUCGGGCGGAGAGUGAGGAUGAGGACGCGGAUGGCGAGCAGAGUGCGGCGAGUAGGAUACGCGAGGAUCUUGCGGUUGGCGCGAGUAGGGCUGCGCGGUCGGGUGGGCGUUGA